AUGGGGAAUGCGGGUCGGAGCGCGCCAGUGGCGGUGGUGGAGGUAAGUGAGAUUGAUCGAUUUAGUUGCUUCGUACCUCGGGCAGUCUUGGAAGGAAUCGUGGAUGAGAAGAUCCGAUUAGCGGACGACUUUGACAUCGUGGUUGACCGUUGUAGUGGAGCACUGGUAUUUUGUGAUGCGAGCGGCUUUACGGCUGUUACCGAAGCGUUUAAUAAGCAGCCGAAUGGUGCAGAGCGACUGGGCAAUGUCAUUAACGACUUCUUUACGAGUUUAAUACAGAUAAUUAACUUUUGGGGCGGAGACAUUAUCAAGUUCGCCGGUGAUGCAGUCACCAUUGUUUGGGGCGUUGAUGACAGCCUGAGCGACAGUAUGAGCACGUACAAAAUUGAUCCGGUUACGGCGUGUAAAUUGGCAUGUCAAUGUUGUCUCGAUCUUCAUCGAAAUCUCAACGGGUUCCCCGCCGGUAUUGAAGACCGUGUAUUCACUCUACACAUUGGAGUCGGUUAUGGUCCCAUAACCAUCCUCCAAGUUGGCGGCACUCUCGACCGAUGGGACUUCGUGGUGGCAGGACCUCCGGUGACGCAAAUUAGCAUCGCCGAACCUCUCGCUAGCUCAGGUGAUACAGUGUUGUCACCUGAGGUCGUGGCCACACUACGCUCCAGCGCAGACGGUGGUGGAGUCAUUACCGAGGAGGUACCCGAUUCGGGGCAACACCACAAGCUCGUGAGUCUCGCUGGUGAAGCGACGGCGGCGCCACCGCCGUUGGAAAAAAUUCGACUAGAGCACUCGUGUAUUCUGUUGUUGAAAAGAUUUAUUCCACCUCCGAUCUACAAAAGACUGAACGCGGGUUUCAACGCCUUUUCGAAUGAGCUACGUCAACUUUCGGUUAUAUUCGUGUCCGUUAAGGGUCUGGAUGUGGACACACAUGUGGGCAGCAUUAAGGCGAAUUCCCUGAUGCAGUAUUGCCAGAAAAGCGCAUAUCUACUCGAAGGCAGCGUGAACAAGUUCUCGGUUGACGACAAGGGUGUCGUAGUUCUACUUAUGUUUGGACUGCCGCCAGUUUAUCAUAUGGACGAUCCUAUCCGUGCGGUGUUAUGCAGUCUGCGGAUUGGCGAGGGACUGAAGACACUUGGACUGGCUUGUGGUAUCGGCGUGGCUACAGGACGAGUAUGGGUUGGUACGGUGGGUUGUGACAUCCGUAAGGAGUACACGGCGUUAGGGGACACAGUUAAUCUGGCAGCGAGGCUAAUGGGUAAGGCAAAGGUGGAUGAGGUGUUGUGUGACCAGACGACACAUCUACUGUGUUCGCACGCAAUAGAGUUUGAAGAGUUGGCCCCGGUGAAGAUGAAGGGUAAAGCGGACCUGGUUCCCAUGUUCCGGCCGCCGGGUCGACUCAAGAAGUUCGAUGAGCAGAAGUCUCUAGAUCCUGCCGUCGCUUACUGGCCGGGUUGGCGACAAACGUCGGUAUUGCGUCGUCUCUUCUUCCCUCCCGUCCGAUUCCGCCCGUUUGUUGCCAACUUCGACCUCCCGCUGCCCGUACUUGACUACAAUGGCUACGGACCCUGCUACCCUUGGGAGAUCAAGGAACCCUGGCUGCCCACACUCAGGAACGCUAUGGAUCUAGGUGGCGUUAUGGUCAUCCAAGGCCGAGAAGUUCAAGGCUCCCUCGAAUUGGUCGAAUACCUCAAAGAUCUCGCCGAAGCCAGUGGCCAUCAAGUAUUCAUAUGCAGCAACACACCAGAAGCCUCCUAUCUACCCGUCGCUAACGUACCCUUACUCGCAUUCCGAAAACUUUGCACCGAUGUUGUCUUUCGUUGGAAAAAAUCACAAAUCAGAAAACAAAAAGGUUAUACUGCUGUCGAUGAAAAGAACUCCAUCUAUUCACUCACCAAGGAACUCACACAUCCACUCUUCCACUGGCGACUCACUGCUAUGAAAGCUGUUGUUAAAGGCCUGGUCCUCCCCCGUGAAUUACCUCGUAAUCAGCCUGUUGAAAAAUGGAACCAUCGCACUUCAUAUCUUGUUGCCACCGAUGGACCGGCAGGAGGCUCUGGACCUGGACCUGGCUCCGUCUCCGCAGGCUCAGACAAAGGCGACCGCUCAUCCUCCGUGGCCACAACCGGUGGUACCAGCAAACUGCUCAGCAGUCUCAAAAAUCUCGUCCAACACUCCAGAGGCUCCUGGAACAAAGCCGCUUCCGUCACUCCCGAUGUCGAACGCUCUUCCAAGGAAGAAGAACUUGUCUCUGUCGAAGACGCUUUCGGUGUCCACUCUUCGGUUGUGGUGCCUGCGAUUUGCUCGUUGAUAAACGGGUACACGAUGAACGAGCGUACGGUAAUCAUAGUACGUGUGAGGCAAGGUACGAGUUUGUACAGCAGUAUGGAUGGUGAUUCCUGGAAAACAUUGGCGUUAUUGGCGAACAUGGCGGCAUUGCGUCGGCGUCGGCGUGUGGAGUUGGAAUGUCAGAAUUUACGUCGUUGGCGACGGCGGCACAGUUGGAGUUGUCCAUGGUGUAAGGGAGUCAGUCAGCGCAGCAAUGGCGAGGCGGCAAAGGCGAAGUGGACGAGUCGUUGUCGCCCGCCGGCGACAGUUUAUUUCCCACCGUUUCUGUUGGUCGUGGUCUGUAGUCAGAACAACGUGCGCGAAUCCUCCCGACUUUGCGCCUGGGCCCGAGAAUGUGGCCUCUUUAUGAACUUGGGCAAACUCUCUCGCUCCGAAACGCGCUCUUUCCUCAGCUACUACUAUAAAACCAGCAAGAAAAAAAUACCUGGCGAAGUCGUCGAUUAUGUACAUCGCGUGAGUGCCGGCUACCUCAACUAUGUGGCGCUGACCGCGCGCCAGCUUCUACACCAUGACGCCAUCGAAGCCGUACCCGUCGUCUCACACACACGCCUCGGGGCGGGUGUCACUACUUCUGCCACGACUACUGGGGGCGGCACCACGAGGCCGGGGGGUGGCAUUACGGGCCCGGGAGGUGGCACUAAGGGGACGGGGGGUAGCACUACGGGGACGGGGGGUGGCACUAUGGGGACGGGGGGUAGCACUACGGGGACGGGGACGGGGACGAGUGAAGAGAAGCCACCACCACGUGCGGACAGUCAGGUGUACGUGAGUGGUGCUGCGACGAGUGCACAGUUCCACGGCGAAGAGAGCGUUGCGACGACGAGCGAGGAGGACCUAGCGGACUACGACACAGUGCAGGAACGGAAGGUUGCCCGGGACGCAGCGUUGACGGAGCGGGAACGACGGAUCGUGAUCAGACGACGGCGUGUGUUGCCAACGUGUUGCGGCGUGUUAGUGGGCUUUAAGUUCGAAGGCAACGACGUGGCGCAGUUACGCGGGUGUGUGGUUGAACGCGACGUGACCUUUCAGGGUAACAUCAUCACUGGCAUGGGUCACUGGAUCCGUCGCGGCCCCGGUCUUCUACCCGGUACCAAUGGUGUCCGGGCCGGAGGCGGUCCUGGUGCGGGGCUUGGCGGUAUCCGACAAAUUUCGGAGGGGGGCGGUCGCGUGACGGAGGAGGGCGACGGUACGGAGCGUGACGACGACCGCGGGGAGACGCGUGGAGAAGGAAUCGAGGGUGUGCGUGGAAUGGAUGGGCGGAAUGUGCCGAACCAUUUUGGGUGUCCGGGGCCGGUGGAGUACGCAGAGAAGGAGGGGUCGUUGACUCUGCACAGUCGCAUGACGGAGCGAAUUUUUGGCGUACCAUUUCCUGAGGAUAACGACCGAUUGGUGCGACUGAUAGAGCCGAGUAGUAAACAGAAGCGGUUGGUAGUGACACGGGACCUGCGUUCGGUACCGUACAUUGCGCAGUUGAGGGCAGCGACGAUGAUGUUAAUUGAGGCACUAGAACCAGAGGAGCAAUUGGUGGCGAAGUGUGCGUCUGUGUUCACGUUACCAUUUUGUUUCUAUGAACUAUCUGCGAUUUUCCCCAAGGCGAUAACAUUGCGUCGAUUGGAGGCGAUUGUUGAGAGCUUAUUGCGUCGUGAGUUAUUGGAGAUUUGCGACCCACCGACGGACGCUGAGUUAGAAGAGUUGGAUUUAUACAGUGUUUUGAAAGCGUUUGCGAGACAUCCUAGAGACGACCCGAGUUCGACGAUACGUACCGAUGAUGAGCUAGGUUCGUCCGUUAAAGAUAGCACUACCUCCGAAGGCGAUUUGAUUAACGAAGCACAUCUCGCGGAAGAAGCUUUGUUGAGACACGCCUCUCUGUAUCGUCGAUCAGCCGUCGUCGUCGCCCCCACCGGCCGACCUACCGAAGACCCUGCACCCACCUCCAAUCUAGCCUCUGCCAACGGCACCAGUCGACCCAGCGACACCACCGCUCUCGGCGUCCUCCGCUUCGACGACAACAUCAUACGACCCAAAGAUAAAGACAUACACACCUUUAAUAAACGCGACGUACAAGGCAGCCGCAGACCCAGCGGACCCACUCCCAACCCACUCGCACCCGCAGACAGCAACAGCAUCAAAAACACCACCUCCGCCUUCAAGUAA